AUGGAGCGGACUACUGAUGGGAGAGAACACGGCCACCGAGUUCUGUUCCUAUUGCUCGUUAUCGGGCAGAUUGCUUCAUUGGCGCUGGCCACAUCAUCGCAGACGGGCCAACGUGCCAAUCUGGUGGAGGCCAAUGACACAUGGAAAGACACGAUACGGCUUGGUGCUAUUGUAACCAACAACCGGCACGAGGAGAUAAUACGCCAACGUCUCGCCGAAUGGGAGGCGACUUCCAAUUUUUCUUCCUUGAUUUCUGUGCAGCUCUCGGCGACCUACGUCAAUGCCAGCGAACAUAUAGAUAUUGUCAAAAAUGUGUGCAACAUGCUUCUUCCAAUGGGAGUUACGUCGAUAAUUGCAGCCAUUGACGGAGAAGAGUAUAGGGAUUCAUAUAUCGCUAAUCGUCUUAUUUCACUUGUCUCCAGGUAUCUCACUGUGCCUAUUUUAUCCGCCAAUAUGGGAGUGUUAAGCAGCAAUGUAUACCGAGACGAUACCAUGCCAUUUCUUCAGAUAGGAGCUACUUUAGUACAGCAAUGUCGAGCUAUGAUGGCAUUCCUAGAGUAUCACAGCUGGUACCAUUUUUCAAUCGUCACGAGCACGGCUACGCCCGAUUACAAAGAGUUCAUGACGAUUUUAGUGUCGUUGACGGCGGAGAUCUCCAACGAUGACAGCCACAACACAACCUGGGAAGUCUGCAAGUCGUUCCCGUUGGAUUUACAAGGGAACAUCACCAGUCAAUUUUGGGAAAUCGACGACCACGAUUGCCAAAUUUUACUAGUCUACGCGUCGCACGAAGAAGCAAAACAGAUAUUUUCUUACGCAUCUGAAUAUAAUUUACUUGGGUACGGUUAUGUGUGGUUGGUCACGGAGCCUGUCUUUGGGAAAGAUAUGAACGAAGUGCCGGACGAGUUUCCUACGGGUUUAUUGGGGGUCAAGUUUUAUAGUAGAGAUUACAAUGACGACGUUUCCAUCAAGGAUGCGACGUCUAUAUAUUUGAACGGGCUGGAGACAUACCUUAGCGCCCAUAACCAUUUACCUGUCAUUAACGAGGAAAACUGUUCAGACGAUAUCCAUCGGGACAGGAAAAAUAAUACCUCUAUGUAUUACUUUCAAAAAACUGUUGUUAAAGCGGGACUUAAAGAAAAGCACAUUGCGUUCGACAAAGAAGGUUUCCUGAAAAACGCGAAGAUUGUUUUAAUGAAUUUAGACAGUAGAAGAAGAUGGAAGGAGGUGGGUGUAGCUUUGAAAGAUAAGGUUGUCGUAGAUGGCGUCACGUGGAUUGGCGACAACAAGGUUAAGCCGGCUGAUCUAACACAACAUAGAAUGAUGCGGGUGACGACGAUAGCGGAAGAAUCGUUCGUCAGAGACUAUUUCUACCAAUGCUGCGUCGGACUGUGCGUUGAUAUCCUGGAACAGCUCUCCAAGGAUCUGGAAUUCAAUUUCGAGCUGCAUGUGGUAGACGACUUUAGUUUCGGAUCUCCGAAAGGUAAUGGCAGUUGGAACGGCAUGAUCGGAGAAGUGAUGGACGGAAAGGCGGACGCAGCAAUCGCAUCUAUGCAAGCUACAAAAGCGCGUGCCGAAGUCGUCGACCUUUCCGUAGCUUUCAUGGAAACGGGCAUCAGCAUAAUGACGAAGAAAUCCGAAGGAAUUGUUCCUUCUGAUGCUUUCCUCGCUCCAUUUGAUUAUGGCGUUUGGUGUUUUCUAACUCUCUUCACCGUCAACUUGGUUGCUAUUGUUAUAUUUAUGUUUGAAUGUUUGAGUCCUGGUGGCUACGACAGAAAUAUAUGGGAACCAAGGCCCUCAAGAUUCACAUUAGGGAGCUCUUUUUGGAUUGUAUGGGCGUUACUAUUUAAUAAUACAGUUCCAUUGAAACCACCUAAAAGUUACACAGCGAAGUUUAUGACCAACAUGUGGGGAUGCUUCUGCUUAAUUUUUAUUGCCAUGUACACGGCCAACCUGGUGGCGCACUUGAUUCAAGAGAAAAGACAUGACAUCAUUUCCGGUUUCACCGAUCCCAAAAUAUUGCGUCCAUUAGAUUUUAAACCGUCUCUGAGGUACGCUACUGUAACGGACACGAUGGUGGAAGAUUAUAUAGAGAGAACCAACGACGAGAUGGCUACCUACAUGAAACAGUUUGCUGUUAGUAAUGCCUCUGCCGCAGUAAAGAAAUUGAAAAAUGGAGAGCUGGAUGCGUUCAUUUACGGAGCUGCUAUGUUGCGCCAUCAAGCGGCGAAAGACAAAGAUUGCGAAUUACGGGUGGUUGGAGAUACGGUGGCGCACUCAGGUUAUAUCAUGGCGAUGACGAAGGGAUCGCAUUGGAAAGAGCCAAUCAACAGACAAAUUUUAAAAUAUAUAGAUACAGGAUUUCUUCAGGGAAUUGCCGAUAAAUGGAUGACGAAUGUAUGUAACGAUAAAAGGGAGAACAAGCGACAACCUCUCGGUAUAGUACAUUCAUCGGGAGUGUUCCUCCUAUUACUGGGUGGUUGCAUUGUCAGCGUGUUUGUCUUUUUCGCUGAGCACUAUUUCUACAAACGCCUCAGAGAAAGGUUCAAGAAGAAAGUCAAGAAGAGGGAACUAGUUUCUCUAGUUGCGCAGGUAAUGAUGAAAUGGUACAUGUGA